AUGGAUGCUCGCAUGACAAAGCACUACUCUCGCCUGAUGAAGCUAAUGAUCAAACUACCCGGGGCACCCACACCAGUAGAGACCGAACCAACCGACGGGUAUGCAGCAUCACUAUUCUGUGAAGCGAUUGCCAGAGUAACGGUUCCACACACACUUCGACUCCCUACCUGGACCACCCUGUAUGAUGGAACGUCUGAUCCUUACCGACACGUCAACUUCUACAAGCAGCGCAUGUGGCAGAUCGGAAUCCCAUACGAUUUGGUCGAGCCUGUCAUGUGCAAGUCGUUCGGCGGUACCCUUGAUGGAGCAGCUCUGGAAUGGCUCAUGAACGUCUCCCCCGGAUCCAUCUCUUGCCUGUCCGACCUAAUCAACGCUUUUUAUCAACCGUUCGCCAGCAGUCGCCAAUUGGAAAAGCAAACCAGUGACCUCUAUCGGUUGGUUCAAGGACCAACCGAGUCGGUACGCGAUUACUUUAACCGCUUUAAUUGUGAAAAAAUUAGUAUAAAAAACUGUGAUGUCAGGACAGCUAUCGAGGCAUUCAAAAGAGGUCUCAUCCCCAACUCGGAACUGAAUGAACGGGUCGUUUAUCCCCCCAUCUCCGAGUAUGGCUUCAACGUCGACAUCGGAGGCGUGGUGAACGCCCUUCAAAAUGUAGGUGGUACCGUCAGAUGGCCUAAGAAGAGCGACAGACCAGACUCCAUGAAGGACAUGAGCAGGUGGUGCGACUUCCACCGCGACAAUGGCCACACAACCGAGGAAAAUAUCUCCUUCAAAGAGGAGGUAGCGUAUCUAUUGAAAAGAGGCCAACUGAAGGAUCUGCUGAGCGACAAAGGAAAGGAGACGUACAACAAGGACAUCAACGCCCAACCCAACCCAGCACCAAGCGGCGACCGACCGGCCCCGCCCAUGUUCGAAAAAGUGGUAAAUGUUAUUUCUGGUGGUUCAGAUAUAUGUGGACUAACUUCUUCUGCAGCUAAAAAAAUCAACAGAGGCGAACCUGAAGCCGUCAAAGAGGGGCGAACCGAAGACGAAGUAGCACUCGACAAGUCAUUAGCAGCGAUGAAAAUAACCUUCGACGAUUCAGAUUCAACCGACACACAACAGGAACACCAUGACGGGCUAGUCAUAUCGCUCCCAAUAGUCAACGCUCUCAUCAAAAGGAUAUUGAUCGACAACGGCAGUUCAGCAAACGUACUGUUCUUAGAGGCUCUGCAAGAAAUGGGACUAGAAGAAAAGAGUAUAAUCAGAAGGUCGACAGUCUUAGUAGGAUUCAGUGGAGAAUCGCUACGAACAGUAGGGGAGAUAUCGCUGCCUACGUACGCAGAAGGUGUUAAUGUGAUGACCAAGUUCAACGUCGUCGACUGCCCAUCAGCAUACAACGUCAUUUUAGGACGACCAUGGAUCCACAAAAUGAAAGCGGUGCCAUCGACAUACCACCAGUCAAUCAAGUUCCCAGCCAAAUGGGGAGUCAUGGAAAUCAAAGGACAACAAAGGGACGCAAAGAAAUGUUAUGAAACGGCGCUGAAACCAUCAAAGUCAUCCAUCUAG